GCACUCCAAACAAAUAUUUUUUGCAAUUACCCAGGCAACCAUAAUACAAUCACGUCAACCAGAUACGAAAAUGGCAUUUGCUGUCACAUCUUCAGCUUCUUUAUCUUCUUCAAUUGACCAACCUAAAGCCGCUCAUUUCAGCGCAUUUCAGGCUUUCGAUAGGCUCAAUUCAGCAACAACGGCCGUGAAUUUCUCAAGGAGGCGUUGGUCCGUGACGCCCUUGAAUGCCGAACCCAAGCGGAAUGACUCAAUUGUAUCCGCUGCUGCAACCGUGUCCGCUUCUGGUCUAUUGAAUGUAGAGGAGGUUGCCGGAAAUGUGGAGGAAGAGGACUAUGUAGAAUUGGCGAAGGAGCUCGAGAAUUCUUCGCCGCUCGAGAUUAUGGAUAAGGCCCUUGAGAAAUUCGGAAAUGAUAUCGCAAUUGCCUUUAGUGGUGCAGAAGAUGUUGCUUUGCUCGAAUAUGCCCGUUUAACUGGACGGCCAUUCAGGGUGUUCAGCUUGGAUACGGGGAGGUUGAAUCCUGAGACGUACAAAUUCUUUGAUGAAGUUGAGAAACACUAUGGCAUCCGCAUUGAGUACAUGUUUCCUGAUGCUGCUGAAGUUCAAGAUUUGGUCAGGAGCAAGGGUCUCUUCUCAUUCUACGAAGACGGGCACCAGGAAUGCUGCCGUGUGAGGAAGGUUAGACCCCUGAGGAGGGCCCUUAAGGGACUGCGCGCGUGGAUUACAGGCCAGCGCAAGGAUCAGUCCCCAGGAACCCGGUCAGAAAUCCCCGUGGUCCAGGUUGAUCCUGUUUUUGAAGGGCUGGAAGGUGGGGUUGGCAGCUUGGUGAAGUGGAAUCCAGUGGCAAACGCCAAGGGCGACAACGUAUGGAGUUUCCUCCGUACCAUGGAUGUUCCUGUGAAUUCCCUGCAUGCCAAAGGGUACAUCUCAAUUGGAUGUGAGCCGUGCACAAGGGCGGUGCUGCCUGGCCAGCACGAGAGAGAAGGGCGGUGGUGGUGGGAGGAUGCCAAGGCCAAGGAGUGCGGGCUGCAUAAGGGCAACAUCAAGGAGGAGAAUGUGAAUGGUGGUUUGCAAACUAAUGGAACUGCGACCCAUGGUGAUCUUUUCGAGAGCAAGAGUGUGGUGAAGCUGAGCAGGCGUGGGAUCGAGAAUCUGGUGAAAUUGGAGAAGCGGAGUGAGGCGUGGGUGGUGGUGGUGUAUGCCCCGUGGUGCAGAUUCUGCCAGGCGAUGGAGGAGUCGUACGUGGAGUUGGCGGAGAAGCUUGGAGGUUCGGGGGUGAAGGUAGCCAAGUUCAGGGGUGAUGGAGAAGAGAAAGCAUUCGCGCAGGAGCAACUGCAGUUGGGGAGUUUCCCAACGGUGCUGUUAUUCCCUAAACAUGGUUCGCGUCCAGUAAAAUAUCCAUCAGAGAAGAGGGAUGUCGACUCCUUGCUGUCUUUUGUCAAUGCCCUUGAGUAACACGAGUUCUUCAAGUGUGUGUAUAUUUUGAGAGAGAAAGAGAGAGGGCAUGGCUUAGGGUGGUUCAUGAGCUUCUCCAGAAAAUAGCACCAUGAGUCCCUGGUAGAAUACUAGAAUAGUUACUACUCCAAACAAUUAGAGUAUUGAUUUUGAAGGCUCAUUUUUGCAUGUUGUGUGAUUAAGCGAGCUGCGUGAAGGCCAAUUAUGCAAUCACCUUACACUUUACAGAGUGACAGAUUCAUUUAAAAUAAACACGUGAUAAGUUGUAGGUAGAUUAGUUUUCGGCACGAUCUACUUCGGCCCAAAUUAUUUUAGUCAACAUUAUACUUUGCAUACUCUACUGGGUCAAAUUACCUUAGAUAUUAUUGCAUGAGGUGCAUUCGAGCUCUCUUGAGAUCAGUUGUAAUUUUCUCCUAUCUAUAGUAUAGUAGUUUAUUUGUAA